UCAAUAUUCAACAAUAGAGAUAUGUCAAGGACUCGCCGGACUAGAGUGGUGCGCAACCGGAGGUCAAGUUCGAUGGCGGCUACCAGACCCUCGCACUUCUUCAAGAUCAUCCUCCCCUCUACCAUUCACGACAAGAAACUGAGGAUCCCCGUAAAGUUUGUAAUGGAAUUUGGGGAUGAACUUUCUGAUGUUGCUACACUCACUGCUCCCAAUGGUCAUCUUUGGCAAGUGGGAUUGGAGAAAGACAACAGGGAGAUUUGGUUUGAUGAUGGUUGGCAGGAGUUUAUGGAAUACCAUUCUAUUGAUUAUGGCUACUUUUUAGUCUUCAGAUAUGAAGGAAAUUCAAAAUUCCAUGUUCUUGUGUUUGAUAAUACUGCAACUGAGAUUCAAUAUCCAUGGGGAGAAGAUUGUGAAUUGGAAGAUCCGGUGGACAUAAUAGACUUGGAUGAUGCAACAAAAUCAAGGCAUGAAAAUUUGAACGAAAAUGAAAUGCCUCACUCGGAUGAGUUGGUUGGAAAAAGAUUUUGUGGUGGGUCGUCUGCAGAUGGAAGGGAGAGAGCAAUCAAAGCAGCCAAAAUGUUGAAGCCUACAAGUCCUUCCUUCAUGGCCUUCGUGCGCCCAUAUCAUAUAAGUAAACGAGGUUAUCAUUUGUAUGUGCCUCUUGAAUUUGCUGGCAAGUAUCUUAGGGGGCAUCGGUUUGUCAAACUUGAAACUUGUGAUGGAAAACAAUGGCGUGCCCGGUGCUAUGGUAGCCAUGGUGGGAAUUCAAGAUCAGGAAAAACUAUAGGGUGGUGUCAGUUUUGCAGAGACAAAGACUUAGAAGAAGGAGAUGUGUGUGUGUUUGAGCUGAUCAAGAGGAAUCCUGUCGAGCUUAAGGUCUCAAUAUUUCACCUGGCUGACUAUGAAGUUAACUAACUUUCACACGCAUAACUUGUCUAAACUCAUAGUUGGUGGUGUUUGACAUGCAGAAGCUUUAAGGCCAAGGGUGUAUGGUUUUUGAUUUUGUUUUCAUAUAUGCAUGGGCUUUUACUAGUAUGGCUUGGCUUGUACACAAGAUUCCUGAUGCUAAA